AUGCCGCUGUCCGAGCUUGAACAAAAAUGGACUGGAAUGGAUUUCUACAUCGCUGCCGAGGAGAUGCGACGUUUGAAGGGUGAGCCGAACGAAGAGGAGAAGCUCAUCUUAUACGGUCUGUACAAACAGGCCAUACAUGGCGAUAUUCCAGCCGAAGAUUGUUAUGGUAGGAAACGGUUAACAUCGAAAGAAUCUCUCAAAGAAUCGGCUCGUGCCGAGUACGUCGCGUUUGCUGAGGAGAUGAUCCGAAAAUAUCAUCGCAACAUCGUCAGGUGCAAAUGGAACAGCGAAGUAUGGAGCGUUGAUUAUUGA